CAGUCGUGCUGUUAACACAGUAUAUGAGAACAAGGAUGAGCUGGUGAAGUGUUUUCAGACUAUCCGGAAUGGAGAAGCAUUUGAUGGCCCAACGAAAAGAGAAGCCGGCGGCUUUUUGAGAAUGCUAGAGGACGACACGUUCUGUUUUUUCCUUUCGUUGUUCCACAAGAUCAUGCCUCACGUAGACGUGUUGUACAACCAGCUGCAGAAAAAGAACAUCGAUUCUGUAUACAUCGCAGGAGUCACCCAGGCGUUCAUCAAUCGCAUGCAGGCUAUCAGGGAUGCUGUUCCCAAUCUGGCUGAUGAUGAGGAGUACAGGGGACCUGUUCAGGAGCCACCCUCAAAGAAAAGGAGAACAUUGGGAGAAGACACACAACACCGUUUGGCACUGGAGGUAUGUGAGACCAUAAUGAGACACGUCAAGGAGAGGUUUUCUUUCACCAAGCACCUCGUCAGUGCCACUCUGUUGAAAGGAGACUUGUUCCAACAACACAGCAGGAAGUUCCCAGAUUCAGCGCUGGAAACCACAGUGGAAGCCUACCCUUCACUGGAGAAGGCCAGACUUAAAACUGAAUUGUCUCUGAUCUAUAAUAACAAGGAGUUCCAGAGUUGCAGUGGUGCACUGGCUCUCUAUCAGGUUUUGAUGGAAAACAACCUUCAAGACACAUUCACAGAAACUGUACGUCUUCUGAAUAUCCUCAUCACCACACCAAUGACAACAUCAGAAUCAGAGAGGUGCUUCUCUACUUUAAACAGGAUAAAGACUUUCCUUAGAAACACUAUGGCACAAGAUCGGCUUAAUGCUCUAGCCAUGCUCUCCAUAGAGAAAAAACUGACACGGGACAUUCCUGAUUUUAACACAAGGGUCAUUGAGAAAUUUGCCACACAGAAAGACAGACGAGCAAAGUUCUUGUACAAAUAAGAACCCUUUCACUGUUUAUUUCAUUUAUUCUCUCUUUCUCCCUCACACACACACACACACACAUACAGAAAGAGAGAGAGACACACAUUUUGUCAUGUGUAAGUGUUUUAUCUUAUACUGUAUCUUGUAUCUUAUACUGUUCAUUUAAAAAAAAAAGACUUAAAAUUGCUGUAAAUGGUUAACUGUAUGUGUAAAAUGCUAAAUCUGAGAAGGGAAUUAAAUGUUUAUUGUGGAA